UUUACCAUUAUCACGUUAUUGUCGACAAAUUUCACCUCACCGUAGAUGUUUUCUGAUCUCGUGAGUGUUUGUGUUAAAAGGGCGGGAAAAGCGCUUUUCAAUUCAACGUCGAAAAACAAAAAUGAGUAAAAAGAUUUUAAUAAUUCAAACAUCAGGACGGAAUAAAUUAGAUUUGUUUAGCUUUUGUAUAGCUUACUAAAAGACAGGCAAAGUAUAGCAAAUAACAUCAAGUGUUAAACAAAAUACAGCGAGAAGGAAACGUGACGUAAAAUUACAAAGGAAAAAUAAUUGGCUAUAGAUUUAAUAUCCUAUAUAAUAACUUUGUUAAGGGUCAAACUGUUAAAAGGCAUCGUUAAACGUUGUUAAACGUUGUUAAGGUAAAUUAACAAGCACUGUAUGCCAACAGAGUUGCUGUAGUGUAAAUCCUCAUAGUUGUUCUAUAUGCGCACAGAUUUGAUCUGAAGAUCAGCCUCAUUAGGACUGCGGGCAUCAAACAUCCCACAGCGAAUAGACUGGAGAUCUGCCUCACAAAAAGAAAGGUCACUAAACGUCUUUAUUUGCAUUGACCCCGCUGUAUCUUUGUACUGAAGCGAAAAUUAAUGUGAUUCACGGGACGAGAGAUUUUGCGCAGCGACCCAAGGAUGAUCUGGAUGCUUCAUCCGCAACAUGGAAAAGCAGGAGAACACACUGCUGCUGCAUCCCUGCAAUAAAACACAACCAGGAGUCUGGGAAUUUCAUCGUCUGAGGAUUUUAGCCUGCAACUGAACAGUUUAAAGCUGGAUUUAUGUCGAUAAGCAAUCCAUGGGAUGGAGACGGAGAUGGAUGUAGAACUACUUUAAUGAGCGCGAGGAAGACCGGAGUGUCCAAAAGCAUCAGCACCACAGCAGCGGCAGCGCUAGAGGAUCCAUGUCACUGACAAUGGCAAAUGGAUAAAUUAAGCUGGAGGUCUCGGGGUGUCCUCAAGAAGCAGGUGUAGAGGAUCCAUGUCAUUGCAUUGGUCGCUGUCCACCGCGCCGGUGGUGCUGAGAUCUGGAUGAUGCAGGGCUGCCGCUCCCUUCACAUUAACGAAGACAAUGGGCGCUUUCUGCUGCUCGCGUUGCUCAUCAUCGUGUAUUUGCUGUGUGGCGCUGCGGUGUUUUCCGCCAUCGAGAGGCCGUCCGAGCUGCGGGCACACGGGCGCUGGAACCGGACCCUCCUGAACUUCAGUGACACGUUCAAUAUCAGUUUGCAGGAUCUGAGCUCCUUCCUGAAAGAGUACGAGGUUGCGAUUGCUGCUGGAGCUCGGGUCGAUGCUCUUCGACCCAGAUGGGAUUUUACCGGCGCGUUUUAUUUCGUUGGGACAGUGGUGUCCACUAUAGGAUUCGGGAUGACCACGCCUGUGACAGUAGCUGGAAAGAUCUUCUUGAUCUUCUACGGUCUGUUAGGUUGCGCGGCCACCAUCCUGUUCUUCAACCUGUUUCUGGAGCGCAUCAUUACCCUGCUGGCCGUGGUGAUGAAGGCCGUUCGUCUUCGUCGUCUGAGGACCAGUGGUCUCCUCCCGCCGGGGAUCUGCACGGACUUCGCCGCAAGUACGUUGCCAGGCUGGAAGCCCUCGGUGUACCACGUGAUGCUCAUCCUGGGUCUGUCGGCCAUCGUGAUCUCCUGCUGCGCGUCGGCCAUGUACACUCCAGUGGAGGGUUGGGCGUACUUGGACUCGCUCUAUUUUUGCUUCGUCACCUUCAGCACGAUUGGUUUCGGGGAUUUGGUCAGCAGUCAGAGUGCUGUGUACGGCUACCAAAGCCUUUACCGCUUGGCUAACUGUCUCUUCAUCUUGGCUGGAGUAUGUUGCAUCUACUCUCUCUUCAAUGUCAUCUCAAUCGUCAUCAAGCAGGUCCUCAACUGGAUGUUGGGGAAAAUGAGUUGCUUGUGUUGCCAACGCUGCAACAAAGCAAACGCUUUCUUGGGACGCCGCAACGCCAUCAGACCCGGCUCACGCCUCCGAAAGGGACGAUUCGGGCAAACGCCGGACUCGGACGGGCCUUGCGACAGCGACACGGAGGGCCGUAGGCUUUCGGGUGAGAUGAUCUCCAUGCGGGACCUGACGGGAUCCAAUAAAAUCUCACUGGCGAUCAUGCAGAAACAGCUUUCGGAGUCAGCAAACGGAUAUCCCAGAACGGUCUGCGGAAGCUCUCGGCAAAACGGCUUUUCCGGUGGCGUCGGCGCUCUCGGCAUUAUGAACAACCGCUUAGCAGAAACCAGUGACUCUAGGUAGAGCUAACCUUUGCCUAAACAGGGUAAGCAUCUCAAAAGACGAUUAUCUUUAGCAGUAAAGCCUCUCCAACUCUCUCUGGAAGUCAAGCGGUUUGGAUUUAGCCUAAAUGUCUUGAGCUUGUGUAGAACAGCAUGACGUGCAUGAACUGUGUAGGAUAUCCGUUAGGGUUUCUGGACUGCAGCAUAUGCUAGGAAGUAAUGGUGCGUUCAAAUCACGUUCGAAAGAUUGUAUUUACGAGUUCAAUGCGCAUGAUCGGCACUACAAAGUCGUAAUUACGAUUAGAGAUACUGAGGGAGAAAACAUGUCGGAUGCAGCGUCUGUAUUAAACGAUAUUUCUUUAACGAUAAAAGUAAGUUGCAUGUGCAAAAUACCAUAUAAUACUGAUAGUAUUGUACAGUUACUAUAACAUUUAUAAUAAAUCAGUUUACAGCAC